AUAAAGAUUUAUAAUAAUUCUAUAGUCAUUUAGGAUAUUUGAUAUGUUAAUUAAAGUUAUUUUAAUUUACUUUUUCUUUUGGUGGAUUUUAUAAUUUUACUCUGAUUCAUGUUAUUUUUUCCUAACUAUGAUACUACAAAAUAAAAUUUUACUGCUUUAAAAUCUAAACACUGUAGUUGAACAAGUACUAUUUUCCAAAAAUUUUUAGGAUAUAAAAUCCUAGUUGUUUUUAUAAUUUACAGUAUGAAUCAUCAAGUGUCUUUAGACUCUAUUCCAACUGAAGUAUUUUUGAUGAUUUGUGAAAGUCUUGAUGCUGAUACUUUAUUGCGGUCAUUGAUGUUUGUAUGUAAACAAUUUCAUGAAGUUAUUAAUGAUAGAUACCUUUGGAAAAAAAGAGUAAUGCAGAAAUUUGAUGAUUGUGAUGUGGCUUUUAUGCUGACAGAUAAAUAUCAUGAAGAGACAUUUAAUUGGAAGCAAUUUGCAUGGCACACUGAGCUAGAGGAAGAAUGUUGGAGUAAUUAUCAAAAAAAUACUGAAACUUCAGUUUUUAGUGGUGCUCAUUUUUCUGAAGUAGAUGCUGUUAUAAUGACAAAAGAUGGGAAUCAUUGUAUCUCUGCAUCUAGAGAUCGUUCAAUUUGUUUAUGGAACACAAAUAAAGCAGUUCCUAAUCCUGUAGUUCAUAAAGUUGAUAGUCAUACAGGUUGGAUUUGGGAUUUAAAUGUGUAUGAUGAUAAUCACUUCUUAUCAUGUUCAUGGGAUUCAAAUGUUAAGCUAUGGAAUAUAGGUAGUUUUUCUCAAGAUGCUGAACCAAUUAAUACAUUUAUUGCUGAUUCCGCUGUAUUGUCAGUCACAUGUAAAGAGAAUUUUGUUGCUGCUGGUCUUUAUACUCCUAAAGUAGUUGCAUUUGACCCACGGGAUUGUGAAAAACGAUUGUUUGAACUAAACCCUCAUACACGGUGUAUCAUAGAAUUAUGUUUAGUUCAAGAUUAUUAUUUAAUUUCUUUAAGUGAAGAUAGAACAAUGUCUGUAUGGGAUUUGCGUACUCAUAAAACUGUAAAAUCAAUGUAUCUUGCUAAACACGGUAGUCGAUUUCCUAUGUGUGCAUCUUAUUAUGAUAAUGUUUUAUUUGUUGGUGAUAGUCGUGAUUAUAUGUAUUGGCUAGAUUGUGCUAAUGGGUCAUUCAAUAUACUUGAGACAGUAAAAUUCGUUAAGCCUAUUAAUGAAAGUAGAAGACGUUACAAACUGAACUGUAUAAAAUGUACCAAUUAUGGAAGUAUUAUAACUGGUGGUAAUGAAGGUGCUAUAUAUAUUAUUACUCCAACUAAUCCUCCUAAAAUCAUAGCUAAAAUUAUUGAUUCGGGAUCUGAAAUAACAUCUAUUGAUUAUCAAAAUAAUACCUUAGUUGUUGGAUAUGUAAACAGUUCAGUACAAGUUUGGAAAAAAAAAAGUUGUAUCUGUGAUAUCUCAAAUUGAAUCUUACUGAAUUAUUAUUAAUUGUUAAAAUGUUUUUUGUAAACAUUUCUUGUUAAAACUAUUUUUAAUUUAAGAGAGAUGGUUCCAUGAUAUGAUUUUAUAAUUGUGAUUUGUAAUUAGUAAUUUUAAUAUUCGUAUAUUUUAACAAACUAAUUUUUAUUUAACGAUACUUUUUUCUGAAUGAUCCAAUUAAUUAUAAUUGUUCAUGUUAAAUCCAAAUUACAGUAUUUAUUUAUUAAUAGUUUUGUUUAAACCCAUGAAUGACUAAAAUUUCUCUUUUUUUUUUGACUGAUUUAAUUAUUUUUUAUUUUUAAAUACCAAAAAGUUUUUUUUUUACUGUUAAAAUUUUUUGUAAAUUUUAUUCGACAUUUUUGUAUUUUCAUAUUUUACCUAUAUUAGAUAUAUUAUGUUUUUUUUUUUUUAUUUAAUUUUUACUGACUGCCGUGUUCCUCCUUAUAUCAGUAUAAUUUUAUUUUGUUUUUUAUUCACACUAUGAUUUAGCUAUAAUUCCAAAAACUACUUAUAAACUAAAUUAUUUCAAUCGGUUACCUUUCGCAUUACUUUACUUAAAAUUAACAUUAUUUAUUUAUUAUUUGAUUUAGGGAAAUUUUUUCAAUUUCCUUAAAAAAAAAUGGGUUUUAAAAUAAUUGAUUAUCUAGUUUUUUAUUCAUUCACUAGAGUAACUUUUAAAUUAUAAUUGUUUUAUUAGUUAAUAUUUAAAUAAAUAUUUGGGCUUAAUAACA